AUGACGUCUACGAAAGAACAUGUAGAUUUCCUUUACAAAUAUCAUCAAAUACAGUCGAUAUGCACGCAAUUAAUAAAGGUAACACAAUCAUGUGACCAUGACGCAAUACCGAUGAGCUUCAUAUCAAAGCGACAAAUAUCAGAAGCAGCAUCCACAGAACAAAAUCUUGAUCAAUUACCGCCAUCUUACAUGUACUCGGUGAUUUUCAAGGAUAUCAUAUUAGAAAUCGAUCAUGAUGACAACAAAUCUAUGAAUACUUUAGUGAACUUUUGCCGGCAACAAAAUAUUCCUGAAAAACAGAUUAACUUAUUACAGAGUAAAUACCACGAGAAAUCACCUAUUUGGUGGUAUUCGAAAUCAAUGUUUCUCCAUAGUAUGCUCAAUCGUGCCUUGCGAUUGCUCGAUAUGGAAACGAUGAUAAAGUUAGGAUUUUUUAUUCGACGUUUACAUAUUCAACUGGAGCAAUUGCACCAAGAACAGUCGUCAAAUUUCCAACAAGCGUUUACCGUUUAUCGUGGCCAGGAACUCAGUCAACAGGAUUUUCAGAAUCUCUGUAAUUCAAAAGGUGGUCUAGUAUCGUUCAACAACUUCUUAUCAACUAGUAAAGAAAAAGAAGUGGCGAUGAACUUCGUUAAUGAUUCACCACACGACAGUACAGAAAAUCUUAGUGUUAUUUUUAUUAUGGCUAUUGAUCCAAGUAGAAUAUCAACUUCGACUACUCCAUUUGCUAUGAUUGCUGAACAGAGUGCUAUUUCAUCAGAACAAGAAAUGCUCUUUACAAUGCACACUGUUUUUCGCGUCGUUGAAAUUAAACAGAUGGCUGAGAAUAGUCGUCUUUGGGAAGUACACUUGGCUAUUACUGAUGAUAAUGAUCCACAACUUUCUACUCUUACCAGUCGCAUCAAACAGGAGAUCAACGGUGAAGGAUGGGAUCGAAUGGGUAAAUUGAUGCUCAAAGUGGGUCAUUUCGAUCAAGCUGAAGAACUCUACAAUGAAUUACUCAAGAAUGCCUCUACUGAUAGCGAUAGAGCAAAUAUCUAUUACAUGCUUGGAAUAUUGAAAGACCAGCAAGGGAAAUACCCAGAAGCAGCUAAAUUCAACAAAAAAUCACUCGAAAUCGAUGGGAAACUUCUUCCAGAAGAUGAUACAUCGGUGGCUUCUACUUAUCGUAACAUCGGUAGUGUGUAUAAAAACAUGGGCGAAUAUUCGAAAGCACUUGAGUAUUUCAAAAAAACAAUUAAAAUACAAGAAAAAUCCCUGUCUCCCACUGAUCCCGCUUUGGCUACUUCCUACAACGACAUCGGUCUACUGUAUAGCAUUAUGAGUGAAUACUCGAAAGCACUUGAAUUUUACGAAAAAUCAAAUAAAAUCUUGGAAAUAUCUUUGCCUGCGAAUCAUCCCGAUUUGGCUGCUUCAUACAACAGCUUCGGUAGAGUAUAUAAGAAUAUGGGUGAAUACUCGAAAGCACUUGAAUUUUACGAAAAAUCAAAUAAAAUCUUGGAAAUAUCUAUGCAUGCGAAUCAUCCCGAUUUGGCUACUUCAUACAACAGCAUCGGUAGAGUAUAUAAAAAAAUGGGUGAAUACUCGAAAGCACUUGAAUAUNCCUACAACAGCAUCGGUAGAGUAUAUAAGAACAUGGGGGAAUACUCGAAAGCACUUGAUUAUUUCAAAAAAUCAAUUAAAAUCUUCGAAAAAUCUCUGCCUGCGAAUCAUCCCGAUUUGGCUACUUCCUACAACAACAUCGGUGCAGUGUAUGACAACAUGGGUGAAUACUCGAAAGCACUUGAGUAUUUCAAAAAAUCAAAUAAAAUUUGGGAAAUAUCUCUGCCUUCGAAUCAUCCCGAUUUGGCUAUUUCCUACAACAACAUCGGUGCAACGUAUGACAACAUGGGUGAAUACUCGAAAGCACUCGAAUUUUACGAAAAAUCAAAUAAAAUUUGGGAAAUAUCUCUGCCCUCGAAUCAUCCCGAUUUGGCUAGUUCUUACAACAACAUCGGUGGAGUGUACAAAAACAUGGGUAAAUACUCGAAAGCACUCGAAUUUUACGAAAAAUCACUCAAAAUCAGAGAAAUAUCUCUGCCUUCGAAUCAUCCAGAUUUCGCUCAAUCCUACAACAACAUCGGUAGUAUGUUUAAAAACAUGGGUGAAUAUUCGGAAGCACUUAAAUAUUACGAAAGAGCAAAUAAAAUCAAUCAACAAUCACUUCCUGCUAAUCAUCCUCGCAUAGCGUCUGACUACAACAACAUCGGUGCAGUGUAUGACAACAUGGGUGAAUACUCGAAAGCACUCGAAUCAUCCCAAUUUAGUUACUUCCUACAACAACAUCGGUGCAGUGUAUGA